CUAAUCAAUGGGAUGAUGAUCAACUAGAAGAUGAAAUUGGUGGUUUUGUAUUAGGUUUUAGAGAAGAAAUAGAAAAUAUUGAACCAGGAUUUGGAGACCAUAUAGAUUAUGAGAUAGAUGAAAUAACAAAUGGUUUACAGUCUGAUUAUAGCGAAGAAAAAAUGACAGAAUUAAUGAAAUAG